CCGAGAGACAAGAUUCUGUUGGAAACAAGGUGCUCUUGCAUGGUCCAGGCACGGCUAUGUAUCGGCUCCAUAAACCCCAGAGCUCGGGAGGUCCGUGUACGAAACAUCUCUAACAUCACGCAUCCUUGCACUCCGUCCCGACGAUAUUUGAAUGGGAGGCAGUAUUUCAGCUCGUAUCGCGCAAAUUUGCCAGCGUCUACCUCAUACAAAAAAGCCGUCGGACGCAGUACUAGCUUGGGCGGCAGAGAUUAGUAGCCUAGCGUUUUUGAUAAAUCUGGU